CAGUCGAUUGGAAACACCGAGGAACUUUACAGCUGAAGAAAGAACAAGAAUGUUUUCAGUGGAGAAGUUUCGAGAUGUGAACGAGCGGCCAACUGCUGCAGCUGAGGAAAUAUGUGACGAUGCUACAAGAGCUGCCGUCGAGGACGAGGCAGAGAUCGACCGUCAGCGCAGAAUGCUGGAUAUCGAUUGGAACCCUUACAUCCUCUUACACAGGAUAGACAUCCCACAGCAACAUGUGUGUAAGGAGGAGGAGGAUGAGCAGCAGCUCUGUGACCAGGAGAGGACGUCCAGUGUGGACCAGGAGGAGCCAGAGCCUCCACAGAUGAAAGAGGAGCAGGAGGGAGAGCAGCUCAAACAGGAGGAGACUGACAUGUUGAUAAUGACUCCUAAGGAGGAGGAAAGUGAGCACAGAGAAGCAGAUGGACAACAUGAACACCAGCUCCUUUCUCACAACUCUCAUGUUGCUGAGAAUCAAGAUCCCAAAGAGAACAAGCAGAAAGACUCAGAGAUACUCACUACUCUUACUCACACAGGUAUAAAGCCAUACACCUGUGAUACCUGUGGAAGAUCAUGCACACAGAAAGUUGGUUUGAACCAACACUUAAAUAUCCAUACAAGAGAAAAACCACGUACCUGCACAAUGUGCAACAAAUCUUUUAGACGUAAAGGUUAUUGGACAGUCCACAUGAGAUCACACACAGGUGUGAAUUCUUACACUUGCAGCACCUGUGGAAAAAAAUUCGGUCAACAGUCAGAUUUGGAAAGGCACAUUCUUAUUCACACAGGUAUAAAGCCAUACACCUGUGGUACCUGUGGAAGAUCAUUCACACAGAAAGUUGGUUUGAACCAACACUUAACUAUCCAUACAGGUGAAAAACCACAUACCUGCACAAUGUGCAACAAAUCUUUUAGACUUAAAUGUAAUUUGACAGUCCACAUGAGAUCACACACAGGUGUGAAUUCUUACUCUUGCAACACCUGUGGAAAAAGAUUCAGUAAGCAGUACGAUUUGAAUAAACACAUUCUUACUCACACAGGUAUAAAGCCGUACACCUGUGGUACCUGUGGAAGAUCAUUCACACAGAAAGUUGGUUUGAACCAACACUUAAAAAUCCAUACAGGGGAAAAACCACAUACCUGCACAAUGUGCAACAAAUCUUUUAGACAUAAAGAUCAUUUGACAGUCCACAUGAGAUCACAUACGGAUGUGAAUUCUCACACUUGCAGCACCUGUGGAAAAAUAUUCGGUCGACAGUCAGAUUUAAAGAAGCACAUUCUUAUUCACACAGGUACAAAGCCAUACACCUGUGAUACCUGUGGAAGAUCAUUCACAUGGAAACAUUCUUUAGACUAUCACUUAAAAAUCCAUACAGGUGAAAAACCACAUACCUGCACAAUUUGCAACAAAUCUUUCAUACAACAAGGUUAUUUGACAGUCCACAUGAGAACACACACAGGUGAGAAGCCUUACUCCUGCAGCACCUGUGGGAAAAAAUUCUGUCAUAUGAAAGCUUUAAAGAAGCACAUUCUUAUUCACACAGGAACAAAGCCGUACUCCUGUGGUACCUGUGGAAGAUCAUUCACACAGAAAUAUUCUUUAGACUGUCACUUAAAAAUCCAUACAGAUGAAAAACCACAUACCUGCACAAUUUGCAACAAAUCUUUCAGACAACAAAGUUAUUUGACAGUCCACAUGAGAACACACACAGGUGAGAAGCCUUACUCUUGUGGUACCUGUGGGCAAUCAUUCACCAGAAAAUGUUAUCUGGACAGGCACACAGAGGUCCAUGCAGACAAUAAUGCGUAAACUUCCUAAACAUGUGUCAGGUCUCUCAGGUGCUGACUUGAUGGUUAAUGAGAGAAGAACUGACACUGCUGAGAAGCUGUACCUUUGAUAUCUGAGAUCUGCUAGAAAACUUUGGGUUCAUUCAAAAAGUCCAAUAAAUUACCUCCUAACCGAAACAUGGGUCUCUUACAUUAAAUAAACAAACUCUUACCUCCUAAGUCCUUUCCUAUCCACUUUUCCUUAACCCCGGUGAAAAAUAUCACAGGGUCAAGGAAAGGUGGGAGUAAGAAGAUAGGAAAGGAGAACAGCGGUGAUUAGGAAAUCUGACUGCACUUUCCCUAGGCGGAUGUUACGGACAUGACGUGUGUUAUUUGUGUAAAAACUAUAACGGUGAUGGACUACAAAAUUUGCAUCUACACUCGGUGCGUUUUCCGUGUUGUUAUGAGCAGCGAAUGAACCGUGAAAACCUCGGUGAUAAAUAUGAGCUCAUUAAGAUUUUUAUAUCCUAAAGUCUCUUCAGGACGAGGAACUGUGACUGAACAUCUAACAGCAGAAACUUUUCUCUUAAUCUGAACUCUCUUCACAAUCAGUACGACUAGAUGAAUAAUAUUCAAGUCCUUUUAUUUCACAACAAUAUUAAAUUGUUCUUUUUAUUCCCUACCUAUCCAUUUUCUUUAAUUUCCUCGUCUCUGUUAGUUUUAUCAGUCUACUCAGGUUCUGUCUUUCCUUCAGCUUGUUAUGUGAAAAGCUCUAUAAACUGUGUCUUGUGUAAUUUUGAGAAAUAUGAUAAUCACAAUAUGGCAACAUGCCGAUUGCUUUAAUUGGUUGUCAUUUACAAACGUUGAUCACAUUUCCUUUAAUAUUUAGAAAAUGGCAAAACAAAUGUAGUUUGAAAUACUGACUGGUUGGUUACUGUUUGUAUACAAAUUAAAAU